GCACUGCUUGACUAGAAAUCAAACGGAGAAGCUUUGGUCUAAAUGAAAGGCAGUCCCUGAAGUGUAACAGAAGUUUUCUUCAACUUUAGAGAAAAUGUCUCUCCUCGCCAAGGUCUUGAAAAUGGAUUGCAAACAGGUGCUUGAGCCUCAAAGGAGUUGCGUUUAUGGUGUGAUUUUUGUCAGCAUGUUCCACCAGCUGCCCAAACUUUCUGGCAGCACGUCCCAGGAUGAGCGGAAUAAUGCAGCUGCAACAGCAGAGGACAAAGAGGAGGAGGAGAUGGUGGCAGCUUCCGAGGGAGCCAGGGGGCUCCUCAAACUCAGCCAGCAUCCAAGUCACCAAAGAGUGAAAAGCCUGAAAGAAAUGCCAGGACCCAAGACCUUCUCCAAUCUGGUCGAGUUUUUCUGGAAGGACGGUUUUAGCCGCAUUCAUGAAAUCCAGCAGAAGCACGUUCAGGAAUAUGGAAAAAUUUUCAAGUCUCAUUUUGGUCCCAAACUAGUUGUAUCCAUUGCAGAUCGAGACAUGGUGGCUCAGGUUCUUCGGGAAGAAGGAUCCGCACCACAACGAGCUGACAUGGAUUCCUGGCAGGAAUACAGGGAUCUACGAGGAAGAGCUACAGGACUUAUAUCUGCAGAAGGGGAACAUUGGCUAAAAAUGAGACGUGUACUAAGGCAAAAAAUGGUAAAACCCAAAGAUGUUGCUAUUUUCUCAAAAGGAGUUAAUGAAGUUAUUGCAGAUUUAAUUAAGAGAAUCCACAUUCUCAGAAAUCAAGAAGAUGAUGGGGAAACAGUGACAAAUGUUAACAGCCUUUUUUUCAAGUAUUCAAUGGAAGGAGUGGCAACUGUUCUGUAUGAGUGUCGCUUGGGAUGCCUGGAAAACUGCAUCCCCCAAACCACUGUGGAAUACAUUGAGGCUUUGGAGUUGAUGUUCAGUAGUUUCAAAACUACCAUGUAUGCAGGAGCUAUUCCCAAAUGGCUUCGCCCAAUUAUUCCAAAACCUUGGAGAGAAUUCUGUAGAUCAUGGGACGGACUCUUCAAAUUUAGUCAAAUUCAUGUUGAUAAUAAAUUAUAUGACAUAAAGUCCCUUUUAGACCAAGGAAAAGAGGUAAAUGGCGGACUUCUCACAACUUUGCUUAAUAAUAAAGAGCUUACAGUGGAGGAAAUCUAUGCCAAUAUGACUGAAAUGCUUUUGGCAGGAGUAGAUACAACUUCAUUCACUUUAUCUUGGGCAACAUACCUGUUAGCAAAGCACCCAGAAGUACAGCAUUCUAUCUAUAAAGAGAUAGUCAAUAACUUGGGGAAAGAUAAAAUCCCUAAUGCACAUGAUGUUCCCAACUUACCAAUGAUUAGAGCCCUUCUCAAAGAAACCUUGAGGUUAUUUCCAGUGUUACCAGGAAAUGGUAGAGUAACCCAGAAAGAUAUGAUUGUUGGAGGAUACUUGAUACCUAAAGGGACCCAACUGGCACUCUGUCAUUAUGCUACAUCAUAUCAGGAAGAGAAUUUCCCAUUAGCAAAUGAGUUCCAACCUGAGCGCUGGCUAAGGAAAAGCAAUAUGGACAGGGUGGAUAAUUUUGGCUCCAUCCCCUUUGGUUAUGGUAUUCGGAGUUGUAUAGGAAAAAGAAUUGCUGAACUUGAAAUUCACCUUGCACUAAUCCAGCUGCUUCAAAAUUUUGAAAUAAAAUUUUCUCCAAAAACCAAAUCAGUUUAUGCCAAAACCCAUGGACUAUUGACUCCUGCAGACUCUAUCAAUGUGAAAUUUGCUGACAGGAAAUGAUAGUAGAACCUUGAAGCUUCCUAGCCUGACGUCUGACUGAAAUGAGCUGAUGGUUCUCUUCGCCAUGAUGGGAUUCCUGUAAUCAAGUUUUAGAUGUCUCCCUAGAGAUUUAUCUUUCUACUAGUAAACAAUUAUAUAUGUUCACACAGAACAUUAUGUAAGUACAAAUUAGAAUAAUUCCUUUUUAUGCUGGGAAUCCAGUUUGGGAGAGAUGGUAAAAGCAACAGAUACACCAAUUCAGCAUCGUAACCUUUAAACACACAACAUUGUCUUUGAGAUUCCUUAGGAGGAACUGAGAGUUUCAUUUUGAGCUGCCACCACCACAUAUCUACGUUCCAGUAAAUGACAGGCAAAGGGUAAUCACUUCAUCACCUCCUUCCAACUUGAUUCCAAUUGUUAGCCAAUUGCCUGUGCUAAAAGGCAAUCAUUAGUGAUGGCUGAUAAUGAGAUAAUUGGUAACAGAUUUACAUUCUCAAGAUAGCUGCACAUGAGUAGCAUACAUACAAACUUAUUCUUAAAGAUAAGCAUUUCUUUGUGUGAUGAAGUGGCGGAUAAACAGUGGUUAGUAAAAUUUGUUUUCUUCAGUGCUUUUUGUGGAUAUCCCACCUUUACUUUGGUUCAUUUUUGGAUAGUUUGGUGUAUUAACUAUAAUGCAUCAAAAUUAGGAUAAUGUUUUGAAAUAUAAAGACAUUUUAAAGAAAAUUAUAAAACUUAUAGGCUGUGUAGAUUCCACAGUUUGAUUUCUGUUCCCUGAAAGCUUUUUUGGAAUAAUGUACAAAAUGAAAUUACAUCAAUAAGCCACACAAAUGGUACAAGAAUAAAUUUUUAUAUUUGUCAAUUUUUAAAUUUACAAUUAUUACAAAUACACUUUUCUUUUUAAAUAAAGAUUUUACUUUAAUAUUUUGACAGUCUUCUUUUAACUGCACACAGUAUAUUCUGCUUUUACAUAAAGCUUUAUUAUUUAUGUGAGCUACUGCCCUCUCUAGGACAGAUAGGUGAAUGACAUGGUGUUUAUGUACUUGAGAAAUGUGCACUUUGUACUUGUUCAUUAAGCAAUUUACAUAGCUAGUGACAACUAGACAAAUUUGUGUUUGAAGCUUUUUACCAUUGUCGGAUUGAAAGAGAGCAAUGUGACAUUUAUACAGAAAACAUUAAAGAGAUCACCUUAUAUUGAAAUAUUUUAUAUCUUCAGGUAAAAGUUUGCUAACAAGAAUGAACAUAGGCAUUUUAAAAUCACAUUGAUAUAUGCAGAAACAUAUGAAAAUUAUUCACUUUGAAACAUUUACAUUAAAUAUUUCAGGCAAAUUAUUACUACUUGAUCUACCAUGACCUUCACUAAUCUCAAUUUUACACUAAUUUUCCAAAUGUGUGAGAAUUUGCCCAACUUUCUCAGAAAGUCCUCUGUGUAUCUCUGGGUAUUAUCCACAAAGAAGAGUUUAACAGAGAAACAAAACUUAUAUGCCUUCAAUAUUUAGGCUUGCUUUCAUGAAACUCCCUGAAAUUGCUUAACUAGGGAUAAAGGAACUGAUUUUCAGUUUGAAUUCUUUAUAAAGCUGCAUUUUGGACUGUUGCAUUAGUUGUCUUAAAAAUUAUAGUAAGUGUUUCUGGUAAUCUUUUGUAAAUUAAUAUUUCAUAUUAUGUAAAA